AUGUUGAGUGAGAACUUGGAGUCGGAAAAGAAGAAGAAGCAGGCGGAGACGGAGCGGAAGAGGGCGGAGGUCCGUGCUCGUCUAGAAGAGGCAUCUAAGGCGAAAAAAGCCAAGAAAGGUUUCAUGACUCCAGAUAGAAAAAAAAAGCUCAGGUUGCUAUUACGUAAAAAAGCCGCUGAAGAAUUGAAAAAAGAACAGGAAAGAAAAGCCGCUGAAAGAAGACGUAUUAUUGAAGAACGUUGUGGGAAACCUAAAGACAUUGAAAACGUCAGUGAAGAAGCGUUGAAACGUGUACUACGGGACUACCACAGUAGGAUUUGUCAAUUGGAAGACCAAAAAUUCGAUAGCGAACAUAUCGUUAAAAAAAAGGAUUACGAGACCCUUUGCACAGCCUAUUGGCACAGAAUUUACGCACUUGAAGGUGAUAAAUUUGAUCUUGAGAGAACAAGUAGAUUGAGAGCUUUUGAGGACUUGAAGGAGAUUUGCCAAGAGUAUUACGAACGCGUCUACGCGUGUGAGGGUCAGAAGUGGGAUUUGGAGCGUGAAGUACGGAAAAGGGACUAUGAGAUCUCCGAACUCAACAGUCAGGUGAAUGAUCUCAGAGGCAAAUUUGUGAAACCUGCAUUGAAAAAGGUUUCCAAGUAUGAAAACAAAUUCGCCAAGCUCCAGAAGAAGGCAGCUGAAUUUAAUUUCAGAAAUCAACUCAAACAAGUUAAGAAGAAAGAAUUCACUUUGGAAGAAGAGGACAAGGAGAAAAAACCAGAUUGGUCCAAGAAAGGAGAGGAAAAGAAGGUGGAACCUCCACCGGAACCGGCCCCCCCAACACCAGAGGUUGCUCCGCCAACACCCUCACCCGAACCGUCAUCAACAGAACCCUCAACCGUAACAUCGACUCCCGCAGUGACACCGGCACCAUCACCAGUACCUCCGGCAGAAAUACCUCCUGCUGCUCCAUCGCCCGCUGAAGCCGCACCUUCGCCCGCACCACCCGCAGAUGGAGCUGUCCCUCCUGCAGAAGGAACUGAAGGUGCAGCACCAGCACCUCCAGCGGAAGGAGCCGCGCCACCAGUGGAUGGAGCAGCACCACCAGCUGAUGGAGCAGCGCCGCCAGCAGAAGGCGCUGCACCACCAGCAGACGGAGCAGCACCACCAGCGGAUGGAGCAGCACCACCAGCUGAUGGAACAGCGCCACCAGCAGAAGGUGCUGCACCACCAGCCGAAGGAGCACCUGCUGAUGGUGCCGCUCCAGCUGCACCAGCUGAAGGAGCUGCACCAGCAGAAGGUGCGCCUCCAGCGGAAGGCGCUCCAGCACCACCACCAGCUGAAGGAGCUCCUCCAGCAGAAGGUGCUCCUCCAGCAGAAACCCCAGCGGCACCACCUGCGGAUGCUCCGGCACCAGCGGCUCCUGAAGCUGCCCCUGCACCAGCAGAACACUUUUUAAUUUUAAAUUAUAUUAAAUUGUUGCUUAUAAUUGAUGUUAUAAAACGUCGGCUGCAUCGUAACUUAGUGAUGAUAAAAUAA